GGUGACGACACUUCCUGUCAGGCUUGCCGGCAGUCGCGCGCGGCUGCAUCUCUAGAGGUUGGGGGUUCGGGCAGCCAUGGAGCACUCGGGGCCCAGCGAAGUGACAGGCGCUGACACGGCGGGACCCGACCCUCAGCUGGCGGUCACCAUGGGCUUCACAGGAUUCGGGAAGAAAGCGCGCACGUUUGACUUGGAGGCCAUGUUUGAGCAGACUCGAAGGACAGCGGUGGAAAGGAGCCGGAAAACACUGGCGGAACCAGUAUUUGGAAGGCUGGGCCAGAGGUGGCUGUCACCAUUGCUUGUUGACCCAGACAGUAUAGAACAUUGUGACAUACACUGAAUGUGGCUGCUGCUGAAUCCCUGCUUAAUGAGCUGUAGGAGAUACUUAAUUAAACCUUAUGCCCAGACUGGCUUUUCCAGAUGGUUGGCAGUCCUAGGUGUCACCUUAGGGUCUUCAGAGAACACUGGCCGUGUGUUUUCUGUGGAUCUAACUCAGAUCUCUCUUACACUAGAGGAGGAUCUGGAGUCUGGGAACAACUGGAGUUAAAUCAGUGCUGUGAUAGUACUUGUCGUGUUUGUUUAUUUUUAUUUUUUAUUUUUUUGCUUUUGUUUGCAGUUUUGAGACAGGGUCAGACUCUGUAAUCCUGGCUGUCUCUAUGUAGACCAGGUUGGCUUUGACUUCUGGCAGUGUGUCUCCUUCAGCCUCCUGAGUGCUGAGAUUAUAGGAAUGAAUACCCCAAUUCAGUUUUUUUUUUUUUUUUAAAGAUUUAUUUAUUUAUUAUGUAUACAACAUUCUCCCUGCAUGUGUGCUUGCAGGCCAGAAGAGGGCAUCGGAUCCCAUUACAGAUGGUUGUGAGCCACCAUGUGGUUGCUGGGAUUUGAACUCAGGACCUCUGGAAGAGCAGUCAGUGCUCUUAACCUCUGAGCCAUCCCUCCAGCACCCCAAUUCAGUUUUAAUGACAAAGGAGAUAUGGGAUCUUACUAGGUUACCUUGGGCAGUCUUGAACUCAUGCACCAAGUUAUCCUUCUGUCUUAGCCUCCUGAGCACCAGGUAUUUAGGAGUGCACUACUGUGCCCGGUACUUGGUUUUGGUUUCGAAAUGCUGACUUGUGGGGCUGGAAGGUGGCUCAGUGAUUAAGAACACUAGAUGUUCUUCUAGGGCACUGGGUGGAAUUCCCAGCAUCCACCUUAUGGCUUGCAACUCUUUGACCUCCAGUGCCUGGGGAUAUGAUUCCCUCUUCUGGCCUCCAUGGACACUGCACAUAUAUGUUACCCAGACAUACAUGCAGGCAAAAAGCAUUCAUACAUGUAAGAAUAAUAAAUAUGUAAAAGUUAAAAUGGUACAUCAUUUAGUAAUAACAUAUGCCAUAUGGUUUGUGAACUCGAAGCUAAUAUUAUUGGAAGUAAGCCUUUUUUUUUUGGUUCUUUUUUUCGGAGCUGGGGACCGAACCCAGGGCCUUGUGCUUCCUAGGCAAGCGCUCUACCACUGAGCUAAAUCCCCAACCCCUGGAAGUAAGCCUUUUUUGUGAGAUGUAAAGACAUCUAUGUGCAUAUAUUCAUAUAUACAUAUAUAGUUUUUUGAGACAGGAUCUCACUAAAACUUACCAUAGAGACUGAGCCGGCCUCUGUCUUACAGAAAUCUUCAGCCUCUGUUUCCCAAAGGCUGGGAUGAAAGAUGUUACUAAGCCGCUGCUCUACCUCCUUUUUUUAAGACAAGGUAGCCUAAAACUUGGUACGUAGGUUAAACUGGCUUCUAACUUAGAGAUCCACCUGCUUCUACCUCCCGAGUGGAUUAAAGGCCUGUAACACUAUGUCUGGCUGCUACUGCUGUUUUUGAACUUCAUUAUGAGAAAUUUCAAAACUAUAAAUAAUACUGUUUACAUAAUUCAUGGUUAGUGUUACUUUUUUAUGUUAUUGCCAUAAUGAACAUUUUUUAUUUGCUUUUCCUCUGAUUAUUUUGAAGCAAAUCUUAGCCACAUUGUCUCAUCAAUAUAUAAUAUCUUAUGUAAUAUCUAUAUCUUACCCCUCCUCCAUUCCCCCCACCUGCCCGUUUAUUGAAUCCAGUUCCUUGCAUGUGGUUAGGUAAGUCUCUACCGGUGAAGUACAUCCUUGCUCAUGUUUUUAAGACAGUCUUGUUAGGCAAGCCUCAAACUCUCAGUCAUCUUACUUCAGAUCACAGGGCUGUACCACCAUGUCUGGUAGUAUGUUUGUAUGUAUGUAUAUAUCUGCAAACAUGUAAAGCUAGAGGUGGUAGCAUGUCUGGUGGUAUAUGUAUAUAUCUGCUCUCAUGUAAAGCUAGACGUGGUGGCAUGCAUCUAAUCGCAGUGCUUCUAGAGCAAGAUGGGAGAUGAAGUCUGGAGACCCUGAAACUCAUGGGCCAGCUAGUCUGAUGUACUCAAUGGCAAAAGAAGAGUACUUGGCAACAAGGUAGAGGAUGAGCUGGGGGUAGGGGCGGAAAAAACAACUUAGUUCUUCUAAAAGGAUAAAGGAAACUUUUUCCUACUCAGUACUUGUAAUGACAGAUGUGGGAGAGUGUCUUACCAUAAAGUAAAUAGGUCGUCUAUUGGCAUCAAAUGAAGGUCCAGUAAUUUAGUUCUGUUCUGAUGUCAUCUACCUGGAGAUACUAUCGGCUUUCAAGUCUUUUUUUUUUUUUUUUCCUUUUUUUUUUUUUUUUUCGGAGCUGGGGACCGAACCCAGGGCCUUGCACUUGCUAGGCAAGCGCUCUACCACUGAGCUAAAUCCCCAACCCCUCGAGAUACUAUCGGAUUCCUCUACUUCAGAUGCUAAUCACAGAUUCCAGAGCGUGACCUUGUCUUUGAUUCUCUGGGAAGCAAUUAGGCUGCCUGUGGUGCAGCGAUUCAGUGGGUUUGGUGUGCGCCUUCUCUGUUUAAACCCACCCUGAGUGCUCAGCUGAUCUAGAUUCAUCACGCUAAUACUUUCUAGAAGUUCUUAAAAAAGAUUUAUUUAUUUUAAAUAUAUGAAUACACUAUUGUCCUGUUCAGACACACCAGAAGAGAGCAUUGGAUCCCAUUACAGAUGGUUGUGAGCCACCAUGUGGCUGCUGGGAAUUGAACUCAGGACCUCUGGAAGAGCAGUCAGUGCUCUUAAUCACUGAGUCAUCUCUCAAGCCCUCUAGAAGCUUUUAUAGAAUGAAUCUAUCCCACUUUUCCACAGAAGUGGGGCUAGCUAGGGACCUUCCCUAACUAGAGUGAUUUAAAUGUUCCUAGAUAGUUCCUAGUGAAUAACAAAAGACAGUUCUGUUACUCAGGAAAUGGGAAGGAUUUUAGGAGCUUUGGGGCAAAAUAAUGUAACAUUGUACUCCAGUACAUCAACUCUAAUGGUGAAAUAAAACCAAAAAAUUAUGCUAUCUUGAGUGUAUUUGGAAAUAAAGGUUUUAGUGGGUUUUUAUACUAUCAGAGCAUCUUGUGUUUAAGUGACUCAUAUAAAAUAUUUUGGACAGCAGGUUUUUAUUUACAUAAGGUAUGUCAUUUCUGACAACAUAGUUUUUUUUUUUUUAAAGAUUUAUUUUAUGUAUAUGAGUACACUGUAGCUGUCUUCAGACACACCAGAAGAGGGCAUCGGAUCUCAUUACAGAUGGUUGUGAGCCACCAUGUGGUUGCUGGGAAUUGAACUCAGGACCUCUGGAAGAGCAGUCAGUGUUCUUAACCACUGAGCCAUUUCUCCAGCCCAACAUAGGUUUUUAAUACACACUUGAGAUUAAAUUGAGUUUAGAACUCUAAUAAUUAUCUAUUUAUCUAUUAAUCAUCUAUUUAUAUACUUGUUUUUGAGGCACAGUUUCAUGUAGCUCACUCAGGCUGGCCUCGGAACUGAAUAGCCUUGACCCUACUGUGUGUACAUUUCAUGUGCUGGGAUUGCAGAGUGAUUCCAGUAAUGCACAGUUUUAUGUGGUGCAAGGGGUGAAAGUUGGGUCUAUAUAACUAACCCAAAUACUGCUUUAAACAAUAAUAAUCCUUAUUUGGAGAUGGUUUUAAAUGACUUUACCUAUUAGAGCUUGGCGUUAUAGGUUGGAGAACCUAGGUUUAAGAAGCAGCCCCACAUUCUACCGUCUGAGGAAAACUGGACAGGAUUUCAAAAUGUUUUGAUCCCUGUCAUGUGGGUAUGAUAUCAUCUACCUUAGCAAAUUUAUUGGGCAUUUUGCCUUGUAAAGUACUGUUUACAAAUCCUUUUAAAUUUCUGUUGGGUAUUCUUUUCUGAAGCACGUGAACAUACCACGUAAGAGGGGUUUUGAGGAAUUACUAGGUUUAUACAUUUAAAAAAGUUUGAGGAUAAAUUCAGUAUGUGGAACUUUGAUGGCCUAGUACCCUAGUCUUUGUUCAGUUUCAACUGUGGCUCUCCUGGCCUCAACAUGUGAAUCUCUAUUGAACAUUUAGUUGAAAAAGAAAAGAGAAAGUUCACCUUAGCUUUAGUAUGCUGUUUGGGAUAAUUUGUGUAUAUGCAGAAGCAAUCAAAUUCUGUGGGAAAUGAUUCAUUUUACGAGUUGUAAGAGUUUAUUUUUGUAUUUUUCCCAGCCUGGAGCAUUAAGUUAUAUUCAGAUUAUAAAAUUAAAGUUGAUACACAAUUUCA